AUGGAUGAACGGUGCAGCCUGCACGGAGGACCGGGAGCCCGCGACAGUGACCGUACAUCGCACCGUGGAACGCCUCCUGCUAUUGUGGACGUACUGUCUGCCGGUGCACGAGAGAACGGCACCCUGAAAUCACGGAUUCACUGCGCUCCUUUUUUUCCACGGAGGAUGCCUGGAGUGACAGUAGUUAGCAACCGGAGACAGGCUCCAUUCAUAGAGUGA